AUCAAGAUGACCACGGAUUUUCUGUUCCCCAAGAUAGCGGACUGCUCCUAUGUGUCCUGUUACUGCGAGGAGAACGUGUGGAAGCUCUGCGAGCAGGUGAAGCGAACGCGGCCCGAGGAGCUGUCCAAGUGCUAUGCCGUGUUCGUCUCCAACGAGGGUCGCACCGUGCCCCUGUGGCGUCAGAAGGCGGGACGUGGCGACGAUCAAGUUGUGAUAUGGGACUACCACGUCUUCUUUAUGCACAAUCCCUCGCCGAACCGCUGCUUGGUGUUUGAUCUGGACACCACGCUGCCCUUUCCCACAUAUUUCCACAAGUACGUGACGGAGACGUUCCGCUCUGAUCUGGCCCUGCGACCGGAGCACCACAGAUUCUUCAGAGUCAUACCCGCAGACACAUAUCUCAUUGAGUUCUCCUCGGACCGUCGUCACAUGCGUCGGCCGGAUGGCAGUUGGAUCAAGCCGCCGCCCUCAUAUCCACCCAUUCUCUCCAACACCAACUUGCACUGUCUGGGGGACUUUAUCUGCAUGAGCGCAGGCAAGGGUCCUGGAGCAGUCUAUAGCCUCUCCGAGUUUGUGCAGAACUUCUACAAGUCGCCCCAUGUGAUGGCGCAGAACAACAAGUAGAGAGAGGAGCCACAAAACGGGCAUCCUGCAUCCUGUAGCAAGCAGCAUCCAGCAAGCACAUCUCAUCCAAAUACAAAAUCCGUAUCGAAAUCGUUUUGUCGUUGUCGUUACCAGACAGUUAAUUACCAAUUGCAUACAUAUACAUACAUACAUAUACACGCAAACAUAUAAACAUAUAUAAGUUAACAGCAGAAAUCAAGUGCAGAAGAAGGUUACAACAGACGCUGGCGCAGCUCUUCGCGUUCAUUUGUAUUGAAAUUCAAUUCUAAAGAAAUUAUAAAUCUAA